AGCAGCUUCAGACAAACCUGUGUCCACAGAGAGAGGAGCAUCAGCGCUCUGAGCUCAUCCUCCACACAUCAAACUGUAAUCGGAGACACGACAAGCGCCGUUUGCUCUGCUGCUCUAUUUCUGAGCUCCUGCUGAAGACGGCUCUGGUUUCGGUUUAGAUCUGAGUUUAUCUGUCACAGAGCUGGAGUUUAGGGGACACAUAGGUGUGAGUCCACAGGGUCAUCCAUUCAUUCAUUUGCUUUAAACAGGUCCUAUAUUCAAACCAACAACAAGUUCAAACAGUGAUCUGCUGCAUAACUCUUGGCAGUCCUCUGAUGUCAUCAAAGCGAUCGUUUCUACAUCGGUUGUUACUCGGUGGACUUUGUCGGUUUAGUGUAACGGUCAGCGCUGAUCUUUGGGUGUUAACACAAACUCCAUAAGUCAAGGGCCAGUGUCUUGAUGAUCAGAACAGGGCACGCCUGACCUCGCUGGCAUAUGCUGACAGGCUCAGUGAGCUCAUGGGGUUUAAAUAACAGGCAGGGAGUCACAGCGGAGGUAUUUAAGGCGCUGCCGCUCAGGGUCUCAAAGGAGGAUUCAGUCUGAGGAAGCGGAGGAGGCUAAAGAUUCCUAGUCAGAGGAAAGGAAGACAAACCGUAGGAGCUGUUUGGCAGUGCGGUCAUGGUGUCCCGGUUUGCAGCUCUGAGUAACCUGUUUGACGUGGACUCUCUCCUCAGCCAGGAGCAACUGCUGUGGCCGCUGCACCAUGAAGCUCUUUCUUCUGUACAGAAGAACUUCUUCAACCAAAGAGCCAAGAUGGCUGAAAGUCUCUGCAGAGAACUCUUCCAUGGCCCCCAGCUGCUCUCAUUUAACCCGUUUUCUGUCAUGCACUCUACAUUAGCCAGGCAGAGUGAUGACAGAGAGCUGGACUCGGACAGCACAGAGCAGCAUGAGGACACCAGCGACAAAAAGGUGGAUCUCCUGGUCACUUUAGACGCUCGCGGUUAUGCUCCCAAUGACAUCACUGUCAAACUGGAUGGGCGGAGCCUGGCGAUAACGGCCAUUAAGCAAACCGGAGAGGAGGAAAUCCAGUCCUGCUCCUCCUCCUCCUCUUCUGCUUCUUGCUCCUCUUCAGCUUCAGCUCAGAUGAGCUUUGUGCAGAAUAUAAACCUGCCUGCUCACCUGGAUCUGUGCAGGCUCUCCUGUUGCCUGAUGGACGAUGGGCAGCUCCGAAUCCAUGCCCCGGUGAACAAGCAACCAAUCAACAAGGAGCAUACGGUUCCCACUCGUUACAGGACAUCAUUGGAAUUUCCCAUCACCAAAGAUGACGAGGCGCUAAAAGACUAAUGCCCCCCGUCAACACACACACACACACACACACACACACACACACACACACACACACACACACACACACACACAUACACGCACGCACACACACACACACACACACACGCGCGCGCACA